AUGAGUGAGGAUUAUCAACCACACGUUAUUCUGCUUACAGGCGGUGCCGGCUUCAUUGGCUCCCACGUUUGCAAUCACUUAGUCCUUAAGUAUCCAGAUGUCAAGAUUAUUUGCUUAGAUGUUAUGGACUAUUGCGCCAAUCUUCGUAACCUCGAAGAAAUCAUGAACAAGCCAAACUUCCUCUUCAUCAAGGGCAGCAUCAACAACGUUGAGCUUGUUUCCUACAUCAUGAAGACACAUGCAGUUGAUACAGUUAUGCACUUUGCUGCUCAGUCCCACGUUGAUAGAUCCUUCGGUAACUCACUUGAGUUCACACAUACAAACAUUCUCGGUACACACGUUCUCCUUGAAUGCGCAAAGCAAAACAACAUCAAGCGUUUCAUCCAUGUUUCAACAGAUGAAGUUUAUGGUGAAGUUCUUUCCGGCUGCGCAGAGGAAGAAAAGUCCAUCCUUUGCCCAACAAACCCAUACGCUUGCUCCAAGGCUGGUGCUGAAUUCAUGUGCCAAGCUUACAUCCGCUCAUUCAACAUGCCAAUCAUCAUCACCCGUGGUAACAACGUUUUCGGACCAAAGCAGUUCCCAGAAAAGGUUAUUCCAAAGUUCACAUUACUUCUUAAGGCCGGCCACAAGUGCUGCAUCCACGGCGAUGGCUCAGCCCUCCGUAACUUCCUCCACACAUCCGAUGUCGUUCAGGCCUUCGAUACUAUUCUCCAUAAGGGCAAACUCCACCAGAUCUAUAACAUCGGUACAGAUUUCGAAAUCUCUGUCCUCGAGAUGACAAAGAAGCUUAUCAAGGUCCUCAACAUGCCAGGAAAGCCAGAAGACUGGAUCGAGUUCGUUCCAGAUAGAGCUUUCAACGAUUCUCGUUACAUGAUCAACUCAAGCAAGCUUAUUGCUCUCGGAUGGCACGCUAACACAGAUUUCGAUACUCUUCUUAAGGAAACAGUUCAGUGGUACUUAGACCAUAUGGAUUAUUGGAAGGAUCGUGAUAUCAACACAUACCUUUCUCCACAUCCAAUCGCUUAUGCUCCAAAGACAGCUGAAUAA